AUGGACGUGGACUCAAACGUUCCGGUCAAAGUUGAGGCCGAUGACGAAGACCUACCAUCAACUUUGAAACCUGCCUCAAGAGCCUUGAGCGAUGGCUCUCGUGACGAAACCCCAACCCCCACGUACAAACAUAGUUGGACGCUCGAACAGCGACUUACGCUGGCUAUGCUCGCUGAGUCAUACAGCAAUAACUGGAACGAGAAAACUUCCGUCUUCAACCAUUUUCACAGGUCUGAUCUUCGACGUUGUGGAGGUCUUCGAAGGCCAGUCAUCAAUACCCAAUUUAAUGAUAUGCGAAAAAAGGGAUUCAAUGCAGGCAAUGGUUUCAAGAAAUUACAGAGUACCCUGUCACCCUAUGAUAGAGCAAAGAUGGUGUCCCGAGCUGGACUUGAAAAAAAGGCCCAUGAAAUCGGCAUUCUCCUCCACGCAAAGGAGGCUAGUGAUAGCUCCUUGAUGUCCGACAAGGACAACGCUCAAGGGCACAAGAGAAAACGUACCGACUCAAUUGACGAUGCCAGGACCGACUUCUUUCCACAUCUAUCUGACAACGAUUGUCAGACAGCCUCAUAUGCAAAGACAGUACAUGGGCUCACCCUUCUUCCGAAGACACCCACGAAAUCCAACGGCAGACAAAAAGGCAAUGGCCUUCUGACCCCACCGGAUUCAAGAGAGGCUAAAAUGCCACGUCUCACCACCGAGAAGAGGUUGGCACAAAUCGGCUUCCGCGCUUUUACUGGCCAAUCGCAAGGCACGUACUCCUCGGUCUUGGGAAUUCGUGCCGGCGCUUUUCUCAAUUGCCCAACCAUUCCACUCGCUCGAAACCUGGAAGUCACACUUUACCGUGGGGAAGCACUGCAUCACAUCACGAAGCACGAUCAUUCUCGACCCAGCAAGUUUGUCUCCGCGACCAAGAACCCGAUGCGUGCAUUGCAUAUGGCCCUCAGAGGCGGUGAGGACGCCUCAAUCGCAGUCAUUGAUCUUACCAAGGCAGAUGAAAGAGGCAAUGUCGAGAAGGCUCAUAAUUUGAAGCUUAAGACGGAUUUCAGAUACACAGGAGCGGGCGAAUACCUCAUAUUCGGCGGGGUGGACAACGAAGUAGGCCUUCUGUCACUAUCUGCAGAAUUAGCUAACAAGUACAAGGCCAUAAUAUCACAUAUCCCACUAUCUAGGCUUCUUGUCAAUAUGCCAACGACGCCCGGAAGCGAUGAUCCUUUCUUCUUAAAAGAUUACAAGUUUUACAACGCCGAGGGUGGCAGAAAACGAGGGCAGUGGAACCAGAAUGUGGCUUUCAAAAAUGGUGCGGUACAAGGGUACUAUGCUGUUCGAUCCGGCACGCUUGGUGCACUGACGAGUCUCGACAUCGAGAACGACAUCAGCUCAGGCAGGGAGAUCAUUGAGAUUGACGAGUCCGCAUCGGAUCAGACUACAGACUCAGAAUCAAGUUCUAGCGACAAAGAUGAUCCAAUACCGGCGGAGGUAGAAGACUGGGUUCGAGAUACGCAGGCAAAGCAAACACCCCUACAGUAUUUUGAUCUCGAGACAAACAAAUGGACGACCCAAGAGGAAGACUUGAGCGAUGACUUCUUUGCAGAGCUAAGGGACAUCGCUGGCAAUGUGGUCAACAAUGGCUCGAAGAUUGACGGUGAUAAUUUGGUGGAAAACGUCGCGGGCAUCUCUCAGAGUGAACAUCAACGUAGGGACAUGGCUGUUGAUCCAGGUUUUGGCUGGUUAGAAAUGGACACCAACGCAGUGAACGAGAAGUCCAUGGUCGUACCUGCGACCAAUCAUUCCGAGGAAUUCAAGAAUCUUAAUGACCUAGUGGCGGAUGUAAUGCACAUGCAUGGGGACGAAGCCAUCAGAGGACACAACAAGGUCAUCGACUACGAGUUCUCCUGGACGGGGAUGUAG